UUUGAAAUGAGCGGCAUUUGUAUUUCGAAGAUGUUUGUUUGUAUGGUAUAACUACACUUACAGUUGUUAAUUAUUAUUUCCCUACUGUACAAACCUUUGAUGAUAUUACAGUGUCUUAAUAACUGUGAGCAGAAAAAUGUUUUCAUACUUCUCUUCUUUCGGAUAAGUGCGUUUGACAUACAGCACAACAUGUUCCGGAAUUCUUGGAGAGGCUGCUCGUGAGAGAGAUCCCUAUGCCUUUAAAUUAAUAUAGUAAGCUCGCUGAUUGUAGCUAUGUUAGCUACAGAUUUGAAAACUGAAAACGUAUUUCCUGAUCUCACAACAGAGAAUGAAAAGGGAAUUGCUGCUCGCGUUAAGGAGAGUCCGAAUCAGAAUGUCUUAUAUACGGAUGAUGCAGAAUUUUUCGCAACGGUGAAGGUAGAGCCAAGUGAUAUCUUCUUGACUGAUUUUGUGUAUGAUCCCAGCAAUGACGAUUCACUAGGAGUUUAUUUUAGCGCUGAUGAUACUAAGAAGCAAAAUAAAAAGAAAUUUAGCUGUUCGUUAUGCACCAAGCAUUAUACCACUAAUAGAGCUCUGAAGGGGCAUAUACGUUCUCACACAGGGGAGAAACCCUUUGUUUGUAAUGUUUGUGGGAAAAACUAUGCUUUGAAAAGAAAUUUCGAGGUUCAUACUGCACUCCAUAAAGGAAUUAAAAAGUAUGAGUGCGAAACCUGUUGUAGAGGUUUUGCUCGCAAAGAACAUUUAACUCUACAUGUAGCUAGGAAACAUUCAGAUGACAAACCAUAUGUUUGUACAGUCUGUGGAAAACAGUUUGCUAGCAGUUUUGACUAUAAGAAUCAUGUUUUGAGACAUGCUAAAGGAAAGUCUUUCUUUUGUUCUGUAUGUGGUUCUGGAUUUUCCCAGAAAAAUGAUAUGUUACGUCACUUAAUACUGCAUACUGGCAUCAAAGCUUAUCAGUGUAAUGUAUGUAACAAGAAAUUUUCGGCAAAAUCUGCUUUAACUGUUCAUUUAAAUGUCCAUAACAAGAAACGCUAUGCUUGCACAAUUUGCUCAAAGUCAUAUUCAUCAAAUUAUUUGUUGAAAUAUCAUUUACGGCUCCAUGAAGGAGAGAAGCCAAAUGAAUGCGUAGUUUGUAAACGAACGUUUUCCUGUCGCUCUGCAUUGAUUUUUCAUAAGCAAGGGCAUGCUGGUGAUGGGAAUUACCAGUGCCAGUUAUGUAAUAAAAGAUUUACUGUACCAUCAAGACUGAAUUUGCAUGUUAGAUCUGUGCAUACCAAAGAAAGAUGCUUUGAAUGUGAUGUGUGCAAAAAAUCAUUUUUUGGAAAAGCAGAUCUUGCUAAACAUGUCCUUAUUCAUAUUGAAAAGAGAUAUGGGUGUAAUAUAUGUACUAAGAAAUUUGUUCGUUCAUCUCACUUAAAGAAUCAUAUGAAAAUGCAUGUGAAACAAGAAAAUUUUGAAUGUAAUUUAUGUAAUAAGAAAUAUGUACGGAAAGGCUCAUAUGUAAAUCAUAUGAAACUUCACAGAGAAGAUUGUUAAACUGUUUUUUCAUAAACUUAAGUUCACAAAGAGCAUGUUUAUUGUGUGUUUAGAGUGGUCUUUUGUUCUGAGGUUUUAGAACACAGUGCCAUGUUCCUCAGGCAGCAGUACUAUUAAUGGACAUAUUUCCUUCUGCAUUAAUGGUUCAGAGAUUAUAUGAUGACAGUAAUAUAUUAUGCACUGUGGACUACAGCUGUUGAAAAUUAUUUCAUAUUCCUGUUAGCACCUUUUCCAACUCCUUUUGGCAUUUAAAAUACUGUUGGUCAUGUUUAAUAUGUCGUCAUGAUUUUGCUAUAUCUGCUCCACCUUACAUUUCAUAUAGUUUUAUUAGUUGGAAAACAGAGUAGAUUCUGGAGCAAACAGGAUGUAUCCGUAUAUGUCUACUUAAAUUGUAAGUCUGAUAGUAAAAGAGAUGCAAAUCAGUUUAAAAAAUAACGUGUUAGAUUUUUCUAUUUAACAUAUUCUGGAGAUGUUAAGAUACUUAAAGAAAUUGAUCAUUGUGGCUAAAGUGUAAACUCAUGCCGUAAUUUUGAAUUGUGCUAUCUUAUCAACUACCUAUAUGUUUGAAAAUAUGAAAGUUAGAAUUCCUCUUUUUGUAUGUGCAUAAUUUGAACUUGAAAUGGAAUUACCGUUUUAUUUACAGUAUUGAUUAUAUGAGAAUUUCUCUUUAUAUAAAAUGAUUCUAUUAUUUUGGUUACUGCUAUGAAUUUUUAUGUUAAGUGACUGGCUGUAUAAAAACAAAUUGUAUAAUAAAUACUAUAUAACAUG